UGCUCUUUUGAUUGCACUAAGACUCUGCGGUACAACCAAAAUCCACGAGAAGCAGAAAUCGAAACUCAUGGAUUAUUAUAAUUCUCCUGAGCAAUAUUCGCUUGAUUCAACAAUGCCAUGGAUAGGCAUGUACAUUGCAGCAGCUUCUGCCGUCUGCACACUUGCAAUGGCGGCCGAUGCUAUCAGUGGCUUCCGAAGCAACAAGUAUUGGCUCCCGUGUAAGUAUUUCUCUCUCAACGCUUUCUCGCUUACAGUAUUAGCCGUAGCCAUGAAACUGCCCAUAGAUCUAACAAACGUGGACGUCACCUACGACGAUAGAAACGCGAGGAUUGGCAGCGUUGUUUUGAUGUCGACUGCUAUGAGUAAUUUCAUGACAUCUUUGGGUUCCAUGGAGAACAAUGAGAUUGUACUAAACCUGGCAGCUUUAGGCAUUCUUGUCAUCACUAUUGCUGCAAAUGUAAUCAUUCAUCUUGCUCAGAUGCGGACUGAUGUAUAUUCAGUGUUGCUGCCCGAAAUGGCUAUUUCUGUUUUCAUCGGGUUAUCCUUCCUUUCAAUAUUAUGUUGUGUGUCUCUGGUGGCUCCGGGAGCCAAAAGAUAUAUAGGAUUGAAGUAUGAUCAAAUGCGCGAAUUAGUCUCAAGUAGACAAGUGGAGUGGGGAAGGUCUAGUGUUGAUGAAGUCGAAAAUAUGGUGAAAGCGUAUUGGGUGAUGGCUCAAACUAGCAGAUCCCAAUUCGUUCUCGCAAGGGAUGCUGACUAUAUGGGUGAGGAAAGUGAAUCAAACUAUGGCUGGUCUGUCCGCUGGAUUUUAAACACUCAGUCAAUUGGAGUGGCAAUUGGAACUAUCGCUCCUCUGUUCAGAUGGUUUGUUGCUUCAUGGCUAAAGAUUUCUGAGACGGAGCGAAGGAGCUUCAGAGAUGAACUCAAGGUUGAGAAGUACUGGACUUGGAGGCUAGUGGAGUGGAGAGACAGAUCACUUCCUUUUCAACUUCAAAACCGCUUUUGCAAGAAGCUUCUUCGUGAUGCAGUAAGAUCCUUUCUGAAUUUCUGCAUUCGAGUUCAGAUUCUGUUUGUUUCAGCUGGAAAAUCGGUUUUAUUCCUCUCUGCUAGGCUUGGUAGUGCAGUUUUCUUGUAUUUCUCCAAAAACAGAAGUUCUGUUUUAGUAGAAGAAACCGAAUCAAGGGAAGGAGCACACGCGGAUUUCAGGCAAUAUGUUCUUCUGCUUGAAGGUGAGCCACAGUUGCCUAAUAAAAUCCUCAACAACAUCUGCAACGAGGCGGAUAGGUUGAUACAAGUAGGCGAAAAAAGGCAGCCCGUGAAUCUGAUCCAACUCUUCAAAAAAUCUUCAAACUUCUCUGGGGUGGGACGAUUUGACAGCAGCCAAGUUCCAAGCUUGCAUUCUCAAGAACCUCCAAAUUGUUGGUCUUUGCCCGUGGUGACUUUGACCGCCGUUUCACUUGCUCUUACCGGGAUUGCUUAUGAGAAGGCUAACCAGUUAUUGGUUUGUAUGAGUGAGGGCUUUCCCAUUGUGAAGCUCAUCGAGGAAGCUCUAGAUGGAACCGGAGAGUUAGAGAACAUCAUAAAAACAGCUUAUGUAGUUUGGGAUGAAGUUUAAAUCAACAUGAAAUGGGAUGGAGAGGAUUUGAAGAGCAUGAGAGUGAGAGGCACAGCGUGCAAGGAAACACUCCAAAGCCUUUCUAACAGGGCAGGAAAAACCGUGACGGAUUUUUUGGCUCAGACGAAUGAUAUUAUAAUGCAAAACCCUUUGAAUUGGCCUCCUAGAGUCAUUGCUGCUAAUUCAAUGUACAGGAUUUCUGAGACGAUCUUGCUAAGAGUAGGAGAUGGCGAGCACCAAGAUGAUGACGAGCUAUUUGAUAGUAUAUCGAGCACCAUCUCAGAUAUACUAGCAGCAUGCCUCACCAAUCUAGUGCAGGUCAUCAGGUUAAAGUGUCACAGAAACGACAUCAGAGAAAGGGAGGAAAGUGUUAGGAGAGCGGUGAUUCUUCUUGGUGAGAGCAAAGAGAUUCUUGAAAUUCUGCAGCUGCGUGUGCUUCCGAGUUUGGACGUGGAGAAAGCUGCUAAGAUUGACGAGUGGAGGGCAUCCAUGGCGAUGGAUAUAGUAUAGUAGGAGUAGUAACUUUCAUGUUGUUUAUCUACUUUUAGUUAUAUGGUGUAAUAUUUCUUGUCUAGGGUGGCUAUAACCUUUAUAUGUGUAAUGUCUUAUUUUGUUUUGGAGUGUUUUGCAUUUCAGUUGCAAAAAUAAAAUAGAAGUAUGUUCUUAACUUUUUAUA